AUUCAUCCUAAGUAAUUCUCCGAAGCUUCUGCUCUCCCCAAUUUGUCAUAAUCCUACCAAAGAACACCAACUCUAAUCGAAACCUCCAACUCCCGCGAUUCCAUACCACACCUUUAACCCAAUAUGUCUUCCCAGAGAAACCAGACCGACGCCCACCAGGGCGGUUCGCUCUCUGACAUGGCGCCCACCGGCACCACCAUCCCCGGCGACGCCGGCAUCCAGAACAAGAUCCCGUCCGUGCCGCGCCCCGACCAGCGCGCAGAGAACCCACACUUCACCAACGAGGGACUGGGUGAGCCUUCGGGUGCCUUUGCGGCCGACAACGACACCAGCAUGCCUCGCGACCCCAGCGAUAUGUCCGGUCCCACGGGGGAGGUGGUCACCGGUCAGGGGAAUACGCUCCCUACGGGUGCAGAGACGAAACGGAACGUGGGGACCUUUGGGGGUGAUGUUCGGGAGUUUAAGCAUGCAACUUCGUCGUGA